GACGUGCACACUGGUUGGGAAAGUGUGUUCGUGCAGGGAUGUGGUGUUCAAAGAAGCUCAGCUGUUUCGCGCAGUAAGCGGGACAUGGCUGCAACUUCGGCAAUGAUGGGAGUAAUACCGUUCCUGUUAGACCUACUGUCCAUGGUCCCCGCUGGAGCUCAGGUAAUUUCUCUGAGUGACAUGUAUGGCACGAUCAACUCUCCGAACUUUCCAGAACCCUACCCUAAAGAGUCCGAGGUGCGCUGGAACAUAAGCGUUCCCGACGGGUUCCAAAUCAGACUUUACUUUCUGCACUUCGACCUAGAACCCUCCUACCUCUGUGAGUACGACUAUGUCAAGGUGGAGGCUAAUGGAGAGGAGCUGGCAGUGUUCUGUGGGCGCGAGGACAGUGACACAGAGCAGGUCCCAGGAGAGCAGGUCAUCAGCUCCCCUAGGAGCUCCUUCAGUGUCUCCUUCCGGUCCGACUUCUCCAAUGAGGAACGCUUCUUGGGCUUCGAGUCACACUACAGCGCUGUCGACGUGGAUGAGUGUAGGGACAGGAACGAUGAAGACCUGGCCUGUGACCAUUUCUGCCACAACUACAUCGGUGGCUACUACUGCUCCUGUCGCUAUGGCUACCUGCUGCACUCUGACAACAGGACUUGUCGAGUGGAGUGCAGUGAUAAUGUGUUUACGGAGCGGUCGGGGGUGCUUUCCAGUUCCGACUUCCCCAACCCCUACCCCAAAAGCUCUGACUGCCUGUACCACAUCGAGCUGGAAGAUGGAUUCCUGCUCAGCCUGGAGUUCGACGACACCUUCGACAUCGAGGACCACCCUGAUGUCACCUGUCCCUACGACUAUGUCAAGAUCCAGGCUGGAGAGAAGGAGUAUGGUCCAUUCUGUGGUGGCCGGUCACCAGGCAGGAUCCAGACAGAGAGCAACAAGGUCCAGGUGUUCUUCCACAGUGAUAACUCUGGAGAGAACAUCGGCUGGAGGCUCUCCUACACCUCUUCAGGAAAGAGUCAGUGUCCCGUCCCUGUGAAGCCCCUCUAUGGCCAGCUGGAUCCGGUACAGAUCCAGUACUCCUUCAAGGACCACGUCCUGGUAUCCUGUGACCCAGGAUACAGACUGAAAAGGGUGAGACAGGAUGGAGAGGAACUGGAGCACUUUCAGAUCGAGUGUCAGAAAGAUGGCUCGUGGAACAGUUUUGUCCCACUUUGUGAAAUGGUGGAUUGUGGGACUCCUGGGGAGGUUGCCAUGGGUGACGUCAUCUUCGAGAGCUCUGGCAACAGCACCCUGUUCGGUUCUAAGAUCCAGUACACCUGCAGGGAGUCCAUGUACCAGAUUCACCCCAAGAUCAACAGUAUGUACACCUGUGGGGAGAAGGGAGAGUGGACCAACUCAGAACAUGGGACUAAAAUUCCUACCUGUUUGCCAGUAUGUGGGGAGCCGUCCCAGCCCUUCCCAGCACAGAUUAAGCGUAUUGUUGGGGGACGUAGCACUGUGCCAGGUCUCUUCCCCUGGCAGGUCCUCCUCACCGUGGAAGACAUGUCCCGUGUCCCGGAGGACCGCUGGUUCGGGAGCGGUGCCCUGCUAUCCGAGUCUUGGGUCCUCACCGCCGCUCACGUUCUGCGCUCCCAACGCCGCGGCGCCACCGUAGUGCCUGUGGCGCCCGAACACAUCCGAGUCUACCUGGGCCUGCACGACGUCCGUGCCAAGCAAAACGCCACCAACCGCUCUGUGGAACAAGUCAUCCUCCACCCUCACUUUGACCCUCGCAACUACAACAACGACAUCGCCUUGGUCAAGCUGAGUCAGGCGGUGCCCGUGGGGGAGCUAGUGCGGCCCGUCUGCCUGCCCCCUCCCCAGGGCAAAGACAGGCCCCAGAGCCCCCAGCUCAACACCCUGGGCCUGGUGGCCGGCUGGGGCAUCUCCAACCCCAAUGCCUCUGUGGCCGCCGACACCACCGCCCUCUCCUCUGACCUGGGCAUGGUGUCGGACGUGCUGCAGUAUGUCAAGCUGCCUGUGGUGGCGCAGGAGGAGUGUAAGGCCAGCUAUGCAUCACGCUCCAUCAACUACAACAUCACUGACAACAUGUUCUGUGCCGGCUUCUACGAGGGUGGCCACGACACGUGCCUGGGGGACAGCGGGGGGGCGUUUGUGAUGGAGGAGCCCGGAAGCGGGCGCUGGGUGGCCCAAGGCCUGGUGUCAUGGGGGGGCCCGGAGGAGUGUGGGAGCCAGAGGGUUUAUGGGGUUUACACCCGGGUGGCCAACUACGCCGAUUGGUUGCAGAGCCAACUGGGAACGGGGCCGUGGUGGUGAGAGGGAAUAGGGGGGGUCAGUUACGUCCCGAUGACAAGCAAUUUCCAUGUCAAACUCGACUUGAAAUCCUUGUGCAUUCUUAUAUGAUGAA